AUGAUGGUACCCAAGGAAAGUAGACAUGGUGAUCAGCCUAAUCGCUUUGGAAAAGUUGAAAAACCAGAAGUUACAAAGGCUGUAAUAUUGGUAGGCGGAUGGGGAACAAGGUUAAGACCCUUGACAUAUACAGUGCCUAAGCCGUUGAUAAGUUUCUGUAACAAACCUAUCCUUAAGUAUCAGAUUGAAAAAGCUGGUCAAAGCUGGUAUAAAGGAGAUUAUAUUAGCAUUAAAUUAUUACAGCGAGAAGAUUAUGGAGGAGGUUGA